AUGUCGUGGACUCAAGAAGAUAGUUACUGGAGCCGACCUUUCGACUGGCAUGAUGAAUUGCUUCAAUUUGUCCGUAUCCAGGGUGAAGAAAUCAACCGUGAACAGUGGAUGUUUAUGGUAACGACCAAGAUUGGCUUCACACCCCAAAGCGAUAAUAUUGUGAAUCGGCUCCGCAUCGCAUGGAAGGCGCUAAGAUUCCGUCACCCUGAUAUUGCUCUGGAGGUCCAUGGGAGUGAGAAGCGGUACUAUCCGGUUUACAAUGACCAGUCGCUAGAGACAUGGUGCAACGAAACGUUUCGCGUCGAGACUGAAUGCUCCUCUGCGGAGGAUUUCUUUACUCAGCACCGUUGUGCGGCCCCCCUUGCCAAUGCGACCUUUCACUGGGUCCCCACUACAAGCGAAUUUGCUCUGGUUUCAGCUCAUGUACUAUGGGAUGGCCGAGGUGGUAUCUCCAUGGUGCAUGAAUUUCUAUCUACUCUCGAGAACCCUGUACUACCCCCGGUCUUUGAUGGAGCUGAGGCUAAGAACCUUGUUCCUUCACUAGAUGCAGUUAUUGGUAUGCCAGAUAAGCCUAAACCUGAAUGGGAGGAAAAGGCCGACGAGAUUCUCCGGCAGUAUGUUGCUGCUCAGCCAUCAAUCGGGUUAUUACCACCUGGAGAUCCUAAGGCUAAAGCGCUACCUGCUGAAAUGAAGCGGACUAAGAUAGUCCUCUCCCCCGAAAUAGCAAAAUCCCUACGCGAGGCCACCUGGAAACAGAAUAUUACAAUAUCAACUGCAGUUCAAACCGCGGCAAUUAUGGCCCUGGUUGAUGUGAAUAAUCGUGAUUCUCAACCGGAAAAUUUCGUCGCCUGGUCCUUUUUUGAUUUGCGCAAGUCUCUCCCUCCUCCAUUUAAUGGUCCAGAGCAUGCGCCAUCAGUACGACUAGGGUGCAUCCCUAUGGUUUCGAAGGCUCACAGUUCCUGGUCUGAAAUUUCGAAGACUGUAGAUCAAUUGAACAGAACUCCUUGGAAUAUGAAAGAAAGUGAUAAUAUGUUUGUCCGCCAGUCCUUAAACAGGAAGAGUUUAAACAUGUUCAAAGCCGUCGCAUCCCAGCCACCAGAAUUGCAGCCACCGCCCCAGAGCGAGCCAUUCAUUAGUAGCAUGGGUAUUUUGGAGGACUACAUUAAACAUGACUAUGGCCCUUUCUCGGUUGCGAAUGUCGAAAUUUUAAUUCAAUCGAUUACGCCAGUUAUCUGUCUCCAUUUUUGGUCUUGGAGGGGUAGUCUGCACCUUAGCGUCAGUUAUAACGUUGCGUUCUACACGUCGGAUGAUGUGCAAAGAUACCUGACUAUUCUGAAGGAUACUAUGCAGAGAAAUUUGCUAUCAUUUCUUUCCGUUCCUGAUGAAUGA